GUGAUGUCCGGUCUUUCAGAAUCAGAGCCAACCGGCUGGGUCACACGUGUGGAUGAGAGUCAGGAAGUCUGUUGUAGAUCAGGACUAACAGCCUCCCUCUGCUGUGCCAGAGGCCUUCCACCUGUCCCUGUGACCACCCCCCACCUCCACUCCCUCCUCUGCCUAGGGAAAGAUCAAGAGCCCCCUUUUCAUUGAAAAAUGAAAAGCAGAUGCUUGUCCAUAUGAAUAAGCCAAAAUAAGGAAUAGGUUAUGUUCUUUAAAGGUGUAAAAUGUUAAAACAAUAGAAUUUUUAUAUUUUAGUAAAUAAUGUUAUUUAUUUACUAAAUAUAUUAUACCUUAAACACUUUUAAAGUAUGGUGUCAUGCAUGAGAGGAUAAUUUUGAGUUUUAGAUAUUUUCUUUUGGUCAUAGUUUUUUAUACGUUUAUACCUUUCUCCAGAAUGAGAUGCAUGUGCCAGCUGUUCUAAGACUGUAUGUUAUUCAUACCCUAAAGGAAACAUUCUCAGAGAUUAGUUUAACUAGAAUACACAGUAGUUUUUUUCCCUUGAUUGGAAAGAUUCAAUUGUGUCAACAGAAAAAAAAUUCACACCCAAGUUACUUAAAUCAUCCAUUACCACGAAUAAAUGAGUAUUAUAUUUGAAAUAUACAAGUUUUUAAGAAUUUGAUGGAGACAUCUUUCUUGUUAUUUUAAUUAAGUGCUGGGAACUUAGCUCAUUUGUGGAGUACACUGCCACCACCACCACCAAAAACAGAAAAUAAAUUUUAAUUAAAUAUCUGAAAGUUAAAAGUGAAAAAGCAGCACACAAGGGGUCUUUGUCUUGAGUUCUACUUUAAACUGUUUAGUCGCCUUUUCUCCUUUCCAGUGCUGGUUGUCCAACCCAGGGCCUCGCACAUCUCCAUUCCCAUCCUAAACGUCUUCCUAAGGUCCAAACAAAUUAUAAUUAAACACCGCUUUCCAAAUCAUUUGUCCUCAGGAAAAGGAAUGCACACAUUACCCAUGUAAGCAGAGAACAACAUUUUGUUCACUGAAGAUUAAGAUUCCACAUUAUUUAAUGUGUGUACUUAAAUAUUCAUAUAAAUUGUAAAUCUUCAGCUUGGAGUGGGUUCCAAAAGAUACAUUGUUUCUUUAAGGCUUUGAGACUUUAUUAAGUCAGCAAACAUUUUUUGGCACUAUCUGUUUUGCUGGGGUUUUUUUUUGUUUGUUUGUUUGUUUUUUUUUGAGGAAUCAAAGAGCUGAGUGUGUCUGAACACACUUGAAAUCCCUGUGCUCUAAGACGGGAAGAUCAUGAGUUAGAAGCCAGCCUGGACUACAAAGCCAGACCUACCCCAGCAAGCCCAAGAUUGCACUGCUAGAAAUGGAGCAGCUUGAUGAGGAAACUGAGACACGGAUUAUCUGAAUUAGACAAUAUCUUAAUGGUAGAACCAAGAUAUAAAGUUGGACAGUUUGACUUCAGAAUCUAUACUUGUAACUCGUACAUUGUACUGGGCCUUCAGUAAGCUCUAAAAGAUGAGUCGUGGAUAUCCAGAAAACAAUAAUUUUCUGAAUAAUAAUAACCAAAUGGUAUUGGAUAUGAUUCUUUAUCCAUUGAUUGGAAUCCCUCAGACCAUCAACUGGGAAACUGUGGCAAGGCUUGUGCCUGGAUUAACGCCCAAAGAGUGUGUGAAAAGGUUUGAUGAGCUAAAGAGCUGUGGAAGUUCACCUGUUGACAACCAGUAUAACCCUUUAAUGGCUACUGGAGAGGGUCCUGUUGAAACUUUAGCCACUUACAUUAAAUCUUCACUUCUGGACACACAAGGAGAUUUUCAAGAGACUCCUGUUGAUCAAGAUACAGUUUCUAAAGCAGGAAGACAUAGUAUAGCUACCACAAGGAAUUGCUCUUCAGAAAGUGAAAACUGUACUGCUCGUAAUGCUGGAGAAGAGACUGGAGAAUCUGAAGGGCCAAACAUGGUGAUCCAUGUAUGUGAUGAAGCAAAAAGCUUGAAAGAAGAUUUUAUUUGCCCACGAGAUCUUUUGAUAUCAGAAAUGAAGUACUUUGCUGAAUAUUUAUCCAUGGAUGCGCAGCGCUGGGAAGAAGUGGACAUUUCAGUUCAUUGCGAUGUUCACAUUUUCAACUGGCUGAUAAAAUAUGUUAAACGGAACACUAAGGAGAGUAAAGAUUGUGAGAUUCCCGCUUUAGAGCCAGGGAAUGUCAUUUCAAUCCUUAUUUCAUCAGAGUUCUUGAAGAUGGAUUCACUAGUUGAACAAUGUAUUCAAUAUUGCCAUAAAAAUAUGAAUGCCAUAGUAGCUGCUCCAUGCAACAUGAACUGUAUCAAUGCAAACCUUCUUACACGCAUAGCUGAUCUGUUCACACACAAUGAAAUUGAUGACUUAAAAGACAAAAAAGAUAAGUUUAGGAGUAAACUGUUUUGUAAGAAGAUUGAAAGACUCUUUGAUCCUGAAUACUCCAAUCCAGAUUCUAGAAACAAUGCAGCAACACUCUAUCGAUGCUGUUUGUGUAAGAAACUUUUAACCAGAGAAACAGAAAGAAGAAUUCCUUGCAUCCCUGGAAAAAUCAAUGUGGACCGACAUGGAAAUAUUAUCUACAUCCACAUAAGAGAUAAAACCUGGGAUGUACAUGAAUAUUUGAAUAGUCUUUUUGAAGAAUUAAAAUCUUGGAGAGAUGUUUAUUGGCGUUUGUGGGGCACAGUCAACUGGCUGACUUGUUCAAGGUGUUACCAGGCUUUUCUCUGUAUUGAGUUCUCACAUUGUCAGUAUCACUCAGAAGUGGUAGUUUAUUCUAGCACAGUAAAUUCACUAAACACUGUGGGCACUGGAAUUUAUCCCUGCUGUAACCAGAAGGUUCUUCGAUUUGAUCCUACUCAGCUCACAAAGGGCUGUAAGGUGAGGGACCACAUGGUGGUUCUUCAUGAUCAAGGAGAAAAUGAUGAUUCGCCUUCUUGCCCACCUGCUAAAAUACUGGAUGAUCUGCACAAGCACAAAGACGUCAUUGCUGUGCCUUUUUUAAAAGAUGCAGUUAGUGAUCCUGGGGUUGGCUCCUGUGAUGAAAAAGGCCUGGAAUAUGAAAUUUUACUGGAACCAAAUACACCGUGGGGCUCCAAAACUGGGGAGCUCAAUGCUUUCUUGUCACUGAAAAACUGGACUCUGCAGUUGAAACAACAGUCGCUGUUCUCAGAAGAGGAAGAGUAUACCACGGGGUCUGAGGUCACUGAAGAUGAAGUCGGUGAUGAAGAAGAAAUUGCCAAGAAACAAAGGAAAAAGGAGAAGCCAAAGAAAUUUACUAAGCCGCCAAAAAAACAACUGUCCUCACCCUGUUCUCAAAAGAAAGAGAAGACACUGGAGAAGUCAACUUCUAGAGAUGUGUCUCCUUUUGUUGUGAGUAUGCAGAAGAAUAAAUGGGAUGCCUCAAGAUCCUUGAGAUUCAACCAAGAUGCACAAAGAGAAGAUGAUCAGCGGCGGAUGUCUGAAAUUACAGGGCAUCUAAUAAAAAUGAGAUUGGGUGAUCUGGACCGAGUCAAGGCAAAGGAAUCAAAGGAAUUUGCAGGAGGUAUUUAUUCUAGGCUUGAAGCACAAGUCAGAGCCUCAGUACCUGUCACUGCCCGGCAGAACAGCUCAGACAAAAACCAAAGGUCUAAAAGUCGUUUUGGUCAAGGGCGUCCUGCAUAAAGCACCCUAAACAUAAAAAGAGAGGAGGUACACUCUGGACAUCUGAAAUGCCCACUUCCUGAAGAUCUUCAGUGACUGAUAGGUGCUCUAUGAGUCAUUCCUGCAGACCACAUAAAUCAUGCUACAGUGACUGCUAGGUGUUCUAUUAGUUAUCCCUGCAAACCACAAAAAUCAUGCUUACACAAAUAUAUAGUUAGGUUUUGUUAAAAUCUUAACUAUAUAUAUGAAUUUUUUAUAUAAAUUUCUCUUUGUAUAAUUCUAGGCUGUGUAGGAGAUAAUUGCAAACUUCACAUAGUUAGGAUUUCUAAUAUUUGUUGCCUUUUAUUUAUUUGACAAAGAAGAGGCCUAACUUGACAAGUAACUAAGUUGGUAUGACCCUAAGAAAUUAACAGAAUGACUGGUAGUGUUACUAUGCAUGGGCACUGAUCGUUGUAUGUUUUGGGGCUGUUGAAUCUUAGGCAUAGCAUUGAGAAAUGAAUUGUGUAUGAUGAACUGUCCAGUGAUGUUAAAUUUAGUUUGCAUGGAUAUUAAGGAGUGACAGAUCUCGAAGCUGUAUUAAUAGAAUUUCAAGGUGAGGUUAUUUCAAUACCAUGCUGGUCAAGAAGGGUUGAUCUUUUUCAGUAGUAUUACGUGGGAGGUACAAUGUUAUUGAACUUCUGUUUCUUUCAGUUUUUCAUGCUUAUCUGUAAAUCAUUUGAGCCUAAAAUCCAAUCCUUGCCUCGCUUCUGGAUGAAGCUAGUGGCACUCUGAGUGGUGAGUCAUUUCAGUUCUGUGGCACGGUCAGACCCAUCCAUUCUCUAAGUCUGCUUGAGCUCCCUCACAGCAUGAUUGCUAGGUACGAAGAGAGGUCUUAAAGUUCCCAGGUAGAGGAGACGGCUGGGAACUUCAGAUAUUCACAUAAAACUGUUUUAUAGAUCAUGUUUUAAUUUUUUUCUAACAAGGUAGAUAGCAUACUCAGGGAAAUUUUGUUCCAGACUGUAAGCAUGUACUAAGUUAUGUGUUUGGAAAUUGUUUAUAGGUCUCUGAGAACCGUGAGAUGCACACUGUUUCUAUGUUUAGUUUUUCUCUGCUUUGUGAUUGAUGUCUUCAAAUUAUUCAGAUAAUAAAUCUUGAUGAUGUAAGGGAACAGCAAUUGUAAAAGAAAAAUUCAUGUCUUACACCUAGUUUACACAAAAAGAAAUUAUAAUUUUUAGUAUCUUUUAGUUGCUAUAUGAAGCUCUUAAUUAUUUGGUAAUUAUGCUUUUAAUAUCUAUUUGGAAAUUUUAUUCUGGUGUACAAAUGCCUUUCAGUUAUCUGAUACUUUGGAAAUAGCUUAUAUCAUAUUUAUUUUCAAGAAAGUAUUUCUUUGUAUGUGAUAUGUAAAUCCCACGAGUACCAGCCUUAUAGUUGGCUCCUGGAUUCUCUGAUAGAAGGAUUUGGAUUUAUAUGUGUAAGCAAUCUAUGAUCAUUGUAAUUAGAAGGGAAUAUGCUCUUUUGAUUUUCACAGAUGGUAGAAGUGCUCAUUGCUUCUCCCCAGAGGGGGCUGCUUUACUGAUUGAUGUUAACAGACUCGAGUAAAAUCUGAUUCUCUACAGAAUGUGCUUUGUAUUUUAUAUCUGUCUGUGAUACAUGGACAGGCAUUUCUUCUGCCAAGUACGUUAAGGUUUUCCUUACAUUAAUUCUGAGCUCAAACUUAUUGAAAUAAAUGGCAAUGACAAAAAUUGUGGAGAAAGUCCCUUGAUCUGACUUGUUCUGCUGUCUGAGGAGACUGGAGUGCUCUGUAUUCUACAUAAUUCCCUGGAAAAUUAGCUGUGAAAAUUGGUGAAAACCUUAGGUUUUAAGAUUAUUUGAGUGUGGCAGCACACCCCAUCACUCUGGAAACUGAAGUAGGAAAAUCCUCCAUUCAAGACCCCGCCUCAGAACAUUUAGCAAAUCAUUUAAGGGUUGAAAUACUACAGCGAACAGGCGUAUAGUAUAGCUCAAUAGUAGUCCUGCAGCACACCAGGCGUAUAGCUCAAUAAUAGUACACUUGCCUCGGGUGCACAGUAGCCUGGCUUUGAUCCCCGCUAGCACCGUAUGAGUGGAAAUGCCACAGGGAAGCUGCACAGGUGCCCAGCACAUAUGUGCUACCUUUCUACCUUUCUCUGCAGCGCUCAGGCAGGAGCUCUGAGGUGUUUCAUUGCUCUGCUACCUGAGGCUGGAACUGUCAUAUUUUUUGCUGAUGGCAAACUUAAAUAAACAUUUAAAAGGC